AUGGCUACCAAUAACCGCCAGAGCCUCGACGCAACGCCCGUCUCCCGAACCAGGUCCUCCGCCUCGGUGGCAAGCGCCUUCAAUUACCCUCACGGCCAUCUCAACUCGCUGAGCGACCAGCAGGAAGACGCGCUGCAAAAAUUCAAGGACCUUGUCGAAAAGCGGCGAGUCUGGAAGCGCGGGCCCCCACCAUCACACAAUGACCAGACGCUACUUCGCUUUCUUCGCGCGCGCCGAUGGAUUGUGGAGGAUGCCUAUACGCAGUUCAAGGAGACUGAGGACUGGCGCGCCGCAAACGAGCUCAACAUUCUCUACGAGACGAUUGACCUCGACGCUUACGAGGAAUCUCGCCGCCUCUACCCUCAAUGGACCGGCCGACGAGACCGACGAGGCAUCCCGCUCUACGUCUAUGAAAUCCGCACACUUGACAACAAGACGGUGGCCAAUUAUGAAAAGAAUGGCGCCAAGUCGAAUUUUUCCAAGGCCAAGUCCGACGGCAAGACCUCGCCCGGUCUGAUGCGCCUCUUUGCGCUUUACGAGAACCUCACCCGCUUCAGCCAGCCCUUUGCCACGCAGCUCACCGACCGCGAGAACCCCGACAUUCCCAUCACCCUGAGCACCAACAUUGUCGACGUCUCCGGCGUCGGACUGAAGCAGUUUUGGAACCUCAAAGCGCACAUGCAAGCCGCGUCUCAGCUGGCCACGGCGCACUACCCGGAGACGCUCGACCGCAUUUUCAUCAUUGGCGCGCCCUUUUUCUUCAGCACCGUCUGGGGCUGGAUCAAGCGCUGGUUCGACCCCAUCACCGUGUCCAAGAUCUUCAUCCUCGCCCCCAACGAGGUGCUCCCGACGCUCGAAUCGUUCAUUGAGAAGCGCAACAUUCCCAAAAAGUACGGCGGUGACCUCGAUUAUAGCUUUGGCCAGCUCAGCAUCCCGGACCCCGCCUGGGAUGGCGUCGUGGCCUGGGACAAUGGCUACUCGUCGUUUCCCACGGGCCCCAUGAUAUGGGAAGACGUCGAGGGCCAGCCCGAGCGGCUGCAGUGCGUCGCGGUUGGCUAUCAAAACGGCAAGCCCCGACGGGAGCGCGUCUGCACGAUUCCGCGCACCUGGACGCCCCCAGAGAACGAGAUUCAGCCAACGACGAAUGGUGAGGCUACGGCUGCUGCGCCCACCGAGACAGAGGCGGCGCCCGGGCCGGUGGAGCAGGGUGCAGAGCAUAAAUCGCUAGAGUCUUUUCACACGACCGAUUCCCAGGUCGACACCCAGAUUGGCACCCAGAUUGACAACAAUGUCGACGCUUUGGAGAAGCUUGGCAUUGACGAGAAGAAGCCAGCCGCCGAGCCCACCCCUGCCGUGGCCCAAACCGCUGUUUAG